GCUGCCCCCGGCCCCGCGCCCGCCGCCUGACACCGCCGCCGCCGCCCUCGCCGCGCCGGACGCCGCUCCGCUGCCCACGCCGCGGCCACCUGCAGCAGCAGCAGCAGAGGCAGAGGCAGCAGCAGCAGCAGAGGCAGCAGCUGCCCGGCUCCCCGCCGCCCUCCGCGCACCGCGGCGGAAGGAAUAGAGCGCCCAGCCCGUCCCGACCCUCCCGGCCGGCGCUCCCGCAGGCAGCCGGGGCCGGGGCGGGUCGGGUCCCCGACGGCCGGAGCCCGGGAGCCCUCCUCCCCUCGCCCCGCUCCUCCUCCGCGGAUGGGCGCGCUGCCGCCGCCCGGCUCGCCCCGGCCCCGCCGCUCCGCCUGAAGAAACUUGGGACGGCGGCGGCCUCCGCCUCCCCGCCGCGCCCCGCCCGGGCUGCGGGCGACCCUUCCCCGCGCCGCCGCGCCAACUUCGCGGGGGGACCCGCCCGCCGCAGGACUCCGUGCCGGGGCCGUCGGCCCCUCGGCGGGGACCCCCUGCCCCUGGCCUCGGUGCUGGGGAGGAGCGGGGGGUGCCCUGGAUGGCCCUGCGCACUGGGACGGCUUGGUUUGGGCAGGUCCUGCGCAGAGUUUCCCGGCUUCAGGGCACCUGGUCCCGGCGCUCCAGCAGCCUCCUGUGCCUCUCUUCUUCCCAGGAGCCCGAGCAGGCGGGCGGGGAGCGACCGCCGCCGCAGCACAAGCUGCCCCGGAGCGGCGGCAGCGGCGGCGGGCGCCGCCGGCCCCCCCGGCAGCUGCUCCCCUGCUGUAGCUGCUGCGGCCUGUCGGAACCCCGGGCGGCCAGGGGGGGACAUGGUCCCCUCACUCGCCCCUUGCUGGCGGCCAUGAAGAGGCAGAACGUGCGGACCCUGUCCCUCAUCAUCUGCACGUUCACCUACCUGCUGGUCGGGGCUGCCGUCUUUGAUGCCCUGGAGUCCGACAACGAGAUGCGGGAGGAGGAGAAACUCAAAGCCGAGGAGAUCCGGCUCAAAGGAAAGUACAACAUCACCAGCGAGGACUACCGGCAGCUGGAGUUGGUGAUCAUGCAGUCCGAGCCGCACCGCGCCGGAGUCCAGUGGAAAUUCGCCGGCUCCUUCUACUUUGCCAUCACGGUCAUCACGACCAUCGGUUACGGACAUGCUGCCCCAGGGACGGAUGCAGGGAAGGCUUUCUGCAUGUUCUACGCAGUGCUGGGGAUCCCACUGACACUCGUCAUGUUCCAGAGCCUGGGCGAGCGCAUGAACACCUUCGUCAAGUACCUCUUGAAACGCAUCAAAAAGUGCUGUGGCAUGAGGAGCACCGAGGUCUCCAUGGAAAACAUGGUCACUGUGGGUUUCUUCUCCUGCAUGGGGACACUCUGCAUUGGAGCAGCAGCCUUUUCCCAGUACGAGGAAUGGAGCUUUUUCCAUGCUUACUAUUACUGCUUUAUAACAUUGACUACGAUAGGGUUUGGAGACUAUGUGGCCCUGCAGACCAAAGGGGCCCUUCAAAAGAAGCCUCUCUACGUGGCUUUUAGCUUUAUGUACAUUCUAGUGGGGUUGACAGUCAUUGGGGCAUUUCUAAAUCUGGUUGUUCUCAGGUUCUUGACCAUGAACAGUGAGGAUGAGAGGAGGGAUGCCGAGGAGCGGGCGUCCCUGGCAGGGAACCGCAACAGCAUGAUUAUCCACAUCCAAGAGGACUCCCAGCAUGGUCGGCCACGGUACAAGGCCGAAGUAACAGACCUUCAGUCAGUUUGCUCCUGCAUGUGUUACAGGUCCCACGAGUACACCAGCCGGGUGGUGUCCCACCAAAAUUCGUUCAGCUCGAAGCUGAACCCCCAGUACUUUCACUCCAUCUCUUACAAGAUAGAGGAGAUCUCGCCAAGCACAUUAAAAAACAGCCUUUUCCCAUCUCCUGUCAGCUCCAUCUCACCUGGGUUGCACAGCUUUACAGAUAACCACAGGCUGAUGAAACGGCGAAAGUCCAUUUAAAGGGAUUUGUCUUAUUUUGCUUUCCUUGUUUUUCCCAGUUCUUUGUUGUUUUGGGUUUUUUGUUCCUUGAGUGAGACGGAGCGAGGCCAAAGGGAGUAGAGCAAGCCAGUCCUCCUCUGAGACUCAGCUCUUGAGCAUGAAGCAUGGAUUAUUACUGUUCCAGCAAAGUAUGCCUUACAUUACCCCCUUGGUGGAUGUCAGAGGAUUCAAGGUGACGUGAAGUGGGUACCAAAUCCAAAGUUGCACACACAGCUGGGAGCCUUCAUGUGCCACUGGCACUCCUGACCUAACAAACUUUUUUCCUCACGAGCAGGUUGCAGUGUGUGUGCGUGUGCCUGUGUGAGUGCCGGGUGCGUGUGCGUGUGCGUGCGUGUGCAAUUCCACAACCAGCGCCAUGUGACAAAAAUUAAAGCAUCAGGUAUUAUUUUUUCUUUCGCCCUUGAAGCAGUUGUGUUCCAGCCUGCUUUUUUAAAUUGCUUCCAAAAGGAACGGGGAGGGUGGGAGGGGAGCCAAUUUGUUUUGUAUUUUUUUUUCUUUUUUGCCAAGAGAAGCAUGCGCCAUAAGCAGUCAAUAUACCAGGUGUAUCAUGGUAAAUUUUUUAAUGCUAGAUUUUAGAUUGUAUUAACAUUAAAAAAAAAAAAAAAGGCAGGAGAAGAUGGACCAUUUUAGCUUGCCAGUUCAAAAUUAAAAAAAAAAAAAUAAAGCAUGCACUUUGUAAAACUGGUAUGCAUAAUAAAAACACAAGAAAAACUAGCAAUGGAAUUAAUAAUCAAAAGCAAAUAAUCAUAUUAAUUUAACUAUAUUUAAUUUUAUAAUUUUCAACUGUUCCAACAAUUUGCAAGCAGAAUUUCUAGAAUAAAUUGGAAAAAUUGUUGGAACAGGAGAGUGUAUUUUAUUAUUUUAAUUUUAUUUAUAAGUUGUUAUUACUAUUAUUAUUAUUAUUAUUAUUAUUAUUAUUAUUAUUAUUAUUAUUAUUAUUAUUAUUAUUAUUGUUAUUAUUAUUAUUUUGUGCAGCAAUUACCUGCAUGAACAGGAUUUCUAUUUUUUGGAAUGCUUGGUUAAGAUGGGUAUAAAUAGGAGGAUGUAUAUUUUUUCUUAUAUAAUAGUGACAGGGCAUUCCUUGUUUUAAAGAAAUAAAUAAAGAUGAUUGUCUCUAAAUGCUUUUGAUUUGUAAAUAAUGGAAAGCCUUUGUUGGUCUCAGGAAGAAUUCAAGGGACAGUAUCUUGUGUUUGGCUCACUGGGAACUUGUGAGAUUAGAUGUGAUAUUGCUUUUUUUGCUAGGCAAAGGCAAAAUGCAUUUAGCAGUAACAGGCAAAAAUAGCUUUACUCCAGUGUUUGAAGGGCAACAGCAGGAGCAGUUGUGUUGGCAAGUUGUAGUGGAGGAUGUUGAGACCAUGUCAUAAAGUUGUUCCUUGGACAUUGUCCAUCUCUCAGUUGUUCAUCUGGACCAAACAGACUUUACAGAACUUAAUUAGAGGCCUAAUCCAGCUCCCUUUUAAGAGAAUAGGAAUUUUAAGUGAUUACAUGGGAUUUAGUGCUUUUGGAGAUUUAUUUUUGAUUUUACAAGGGUAGGACUGGGAGUUUUAUGAACCUGCACCUUUGAUUUAAUUCUAUCUUUUAAAUCACUUUCUGUGUUAAUUUGCCAUACAAAACCCAUUUCUUUUUGGCACUAAUCACCUCCUGCUGAUUCUACCAUUCUGUGCUCUCAGUGUAAAAGCAAUAAUCCUUUUUUUACCCUUUAAACUAGAUGGUGUGUGCCCAGCUCUGAGCUCUGUGUGCUGAUGGAUGUUGAUACCCUCUCAAAGAGACAUUUAUAAAGAGCAUUAAUAGGGAGAAAUAAGGGGUGUCAUUCCUCCUCUGUUGUCUUCCCCUUGGCUUUAAAUUAUUAACUAUCAAAUAUGCUCACGUUCUCCACAUGUGUCUUUCAACAAGUAAAUGACAAGCAAGUUAUCCAUGACUUUGACUCCGUUAUGCAGCUUCCUUUGGGUGUAGAAAUUGCUGUGGCAUGAAAUCCUCCAUUAAGAUUGGUGAAUAACUAACAGGGUUCUUAAUGAGGAUGGACUUUUACAGAGUAAUGUGUGGGGCAAGCUGGGUGCAUCAAUGCUGUGCUGCCAGUACCAUGUCCUAGGGCAAAUGCUGAUGGCAGAAGGAUCAAAUCAAGAAUACCUAAAAAAGCAGUUUCAGGAUGUGUUAAACUACUUCAGUGUUUGACACUUCAAAGCUGCUUCCCCUGACAGCCCAUAGGAUUCACAGUGCUCUCCAAAUUCAUUUUUUUUUUCAUUUUUGUUUGUUAUCUCAGAAGUGAAAAUAAAUGUAUGUCUCUUUUCCUGCUACGGAGAUAAGUAUGCCUGGAAUGUGUACCUAUAUAUCAUGUACAGCUGCUGGGUGUAUUUGACACUGGUGAGAAGCAGAAAAAUUUUGGGGUUUUGCAGAAUUUGAGUUGAAUUUUGUGUCUGGCAAAGGAGAAUUUGGGUAACAGGACCUUUAGCAGAAUCUUUAAAAAGAAAAAAAGCAGUUUCAUCUUAUAAAACAUUGCAUAGAUUAUUUUUUUCUUUUCCUUUACGAAAGAAUGAAACUAUUAUUUCUGCUGCAUAUAAAAAAUAUCUUUAAAUGUCCUAUAAAACAUGUUGAACUGGAGAGGUUGAAAACUUUACAUACUCUAGCUGAUUUGUUACUAAAUCUUACCUCUGGAAUCAUAAAUGAAAAGUCAAUUUUAAUACACGGGGUGUUUAACCAGGGGAGAAAUUUACCUCAGCAUAUCAUGGGUUAUCUGCCACUUAGAGUCUCUGCAUUAAAACUCAAUGGCUUUAUAAUAGCUCUGCUUUAGCUUAGUUGAAGUUUGUAGAUGUAGUUAAAGAAAUCUGUGUAUGUUAAUAUGAAGGAGCCAGAGUAGAUGUCCAUAGCCAUACUUUUAAAUUUAAAAACUAUAAUGAGUCUAUAUGUUUGAAAGUGUUUUGCUUGAAUGUAUCUGCAUUCUUUGGGAUUUUCAAAUAUGCUUAUGUGUUUUAUUUUCUGGCUGAAAAGCCCACAGUUUUGUCCAACCUAUAUUUUUGCCACACAUGGGAUUUUGAAAUAGCAGGAUGUUUCAUUUGCAACGAAACUCUUGCAGGACUUUGCUUUGUGAGCAGCCAGAUACAAGAACUCUUGCAGAACACAAGGCAAAAUCUGCCUCUCUCUUUAGUUGUUUUCAUGGUUCUUGACUGAUGUGUGAAUAAUGGCUUGGGCUGUCUGGAACUGGAACAGACUGAAUCAUGAAAGGGAAGCUUUUGUUCAAGGUUAAUCCCAGCUUUUCAGUUAAACAUGAAAAAACAGUCAGUGAAAGGCGGGCUGACUUCUGUCAGUUCUGUCUCUGGCUUCUUAUUGCCCUACAUGUUUUCUUCUCACAACACUGCUUUUCACAGAAUACUUUGCCUAGUUCAUUACUGGGUUUAUUCCAUUUAAGAUAUAAUCUCUUUCAGAACAACUUCUCUUGCUCGCUACUCGCUCUUCUGAAAUUCAGCUACAAGCAGGUAGUAGUGGUGCUGCUUAUGACUAGACAUCCUAAUGUCUGCUAUCACUUUGUGAUGCGCUCUCAUUCCCCAGAGUCUCAUUUCCCCUACCAUUCCCUAUUAUUAAGCAUUAGAAAUAAUAAUAAUAAAUCAGAUUAGUCUAUUUAUGUCACACUAAUGUGCUCUUCAUCAAAACAACACAAAUUUAGCUCCCUGCUGUCGACUUUGAUUAUAUAACAACCCUAUUAUCCUAUAAUAUUUCAUAUUAUCAUCAAAGGGAAAAAUCAGUUUGAUCAGUGAAGCACCAAAAUAGCUUUGACUGAGCGUGCUGUGAUAUGGAAACAAGAGGAAACUUAAUAGAACAAUGCAGGCACAAGUCUCCACUUGGUCUUCAUUACUGUGUAAGGAAUAUCCUGACUGAUCUAACAAGCACUGCUUUGCCAGAACUUUGUACUUGCACCUGCUUUACAGGGAUGCCUGUAGUGGGGCAGCCCCAGAAGGGGUCUUUGGAUGUUCCUAGAAGAGUCCAAAAUAGCUUCUUGGUUGUUAGUGAAUGGAGAAGAUGUACAGUGACCUGCAGCAAUAAACUUCUGUUUGAACUCUCUGUAACAGCUCAUCAGGAUGAAGUAGACAUAAUUUAAAAAAAAAGAAAAAGAAAUAGAAAAAAAUGAAGUGACCAAGUUAAUCUACUGUAUUGUCCAUUUUCUCAUUAGUUCCCUAUUGCUUUGGUCAAUGAAAUGCCAGGGCAGUAAUCAAGAUUAUUGUGAAUGACUUAAGCAAGGUAAUUCCUUGUUUUCUCUGAGACAUUUGGAAGUUUUUGUUAAGGAAAAAUAAAGCUUGAUUUGUUGCUAAAAGCUUAAAAAAGAACAGUCAGUAGAACCAAGAUAGAACAUGAAAAUGUUCCAAAACCAUUUGGUGUGUGCAGAGCAGAGGGCAGGGGUUUGGGUAGAAGUAGCAUUCAGCUGAAGUUUAUGUCCUCAUUUAGCUUUAUGUAAUAUUCCCGUUAAUAUUAAGAUCUAAUUAAGACAGUCAUUUAAAAUCUUUAUGAGGAAGCUGGAUGAGAGAGAUGUGUUGGAGUGUGUCCAUUACACUAAUGUUAUGGACUUUUUCAUGCAUAUUUCAACAAGACACUAUUACUGACUGGAAUAUUGCACAAAUUACAAUGAGAAUCACAGCACUGCUACUUUCAUCAGCCAGAGAAGUGUAACAUGGAACUAAAAAAGAAAAUAAUGCCUUUCUGACCAGCCUGCUGUCAUCUAACUCUUUAUAUAAAAUUUUAUUUUGGAAACUUCAGUAAGAUAAAUUGUAGAAAAAGAAUUGGCUAUCAUAACAAUUCACCAAAAUUGAAGCAAAUGGAAUAAUGACAUUGGACACAGGAAAUUGAUUAUGGAUAGAAGGUGCCCUGGGACUCUUAUGCCAGUUAGUCUGAGCUCAGAGGCUGAAUGAAAACCAUGAAAAACUGAUGAAACCCUUUGCCAAAAUGCAGUUUUCAGUUAUUUAGGAUGCAUAUUAUGAAUAUGGCAAAGCAUCUUUCACCCUCAAAAAAGUAGUGGGAAGGCAAAAAGAAAGUUGGGAAAAUAAGAAAUUGUUCUCAGAAGCAGGAGUAGUUCUGUUAUUUCCAGUUGAAAUGGCUGUGAGGUGGUGCUGAAGGACUGUUGAGCUUUCAUCUGUGUAGAAUCACUCUGGGAGACUGCCUGUCCUCUGCUCAGUCAUGGCCUACCCCAGUGUUCCACUAGGAUAACUGCUGAUGGGGAGAUUCAUGGAGUUCUUGUCUCUCCAGUCAGGUUUUUGCUGCUGUCUCCAUUUAAAGCAAAUUUUCUCCUUGACUAAGGCCUGGGUAGGCAGGACCUUCCUCUGAAGCCAGCUGAUUUGGGUGCCAUGCAAUGAAUCCUGAUUUAUACCCUUUUCCUGACACUGGAAUUUUAUUUGUACCCUUUUCCUGAGACUUUUUUCUAUUUACUGCUAGAUACUCUAUCAGUGCCUCCAACUACUGCUCACCAUGAACUCUCUUUCCUAAACCUAAGGAAAAGCAGCAAGACCUAAAACCAACAGUCAUCCUGUAUAAUUCAUGCAGCUGUAUUUUUCUUUAUGGAAUCCAGUCAUUCAAAGCUGCCUGCUAAUUUUAGGCUGGAAAUACUAUCCCUGGAGCCUUCAGCCUUCAUUUGUCUCUCCUUCAGUGAAUAUUGUAAUUAAUAAAUAUCCCAAAGCCCUCCUUCACCUUGCUUUCUGACAGGGUAAGGAGUUCUGCCAUGUAUGAACACCCACAACAGAUUGGGAAAAAAAAAAAAAAAAGGAGGGGUAGUGGAGGAAAGAUUAAUGCUGCAAUUUUAUUGGUAAUUAAUAUUCACAGUUCCAAGCUGCGUUGUCUUUUAGUUCACUUUGAGAAAUGCAGAGCAAACAACAGGAUGAUAACAUUUAUCAUAGCUGGCAAAUUCACAAGUGGAGCCGGCAAAUAUAAUAAUUGAAACUAUGCUCCAUAAUGCAUCUUCCUCAUGCAUGAGUUCUGAUACCACCAUCCUGGCUUUGAUUCAUUGUUUAUCUGGCCUGUGGAACAGCUUGCAGUAAUUGCUGUAUCCAGAGCACUACACUUGAGGCUAGAAGAGAGAUCCAUUUCACAGACAGCCACCCUCUGGCUUUCUCUACGCCCUCUCCCCCCUUUCCCACUCAGACAUUAACUCAUCAGCUUGCCAUUUCAUGGACGUAUGUUCAGGCCCAAGAUCACCACACUCUGUACUCUGCCCCCUCAUCUAUUAAUGAAAAGCAUUAUGCUGCACAACUACACCCUGGGGAAGGAAAUGUUCCUCUCUAAUUACCACUGACAAAAGAAAUCUACAGAUUGAUUAAAAGCAAUAUGUAGGGAAUUAAGUAGGAAACACAACAUGGAUGACCUUGAAUGGGUAAGAUUCAUUUCUUCCCUGGCUGGGAUGCGAUGCAUUAACCUACAAGGAGAACUUUGGAGUGUGUUUGUUUGGGACAAGGCCAUCAGGAGAAUGGCCAGCAUAAAUUGAAUAAGCAGGUAAAAAGCCACAGUGGUUUGGCUCAUUGUCUGUAGGUCAUUGGUGAGGUCCAUGGCAUAGUUUCACAUUGAGAAAGAGUCAUGGCUUUCUGGCUUUAGUUUAUUUCCCAGUCAUCUGCAGGCAUCCUCCCACGCAGGAGUGGCAGGAGGUGUGGGAAGGAUGGACCAGGGCUGGUUCUUAGUGGAGUGAAUUUUUGUGGUGAGACCACCUUACUAACACCAGUGUCAAAGGAAAGUAGGGAAAAUUUUGUCUCCUAGAGCACCUUCCCUCUCCUAUUCCAUGGAACAGAGAUCAGUUACACCAACCCUCCUUCUGCCUGCAGCAAAUCCAAAAGACCUGAACUGUGGUAUCUUUGUCCAUCUUUGAUAGCACCUGCCCAGGGCCGUAGGAAUAUGUGGGAAAUUCUAAUCUUUAGCUGAGUUCCGGAGUUCACAAUACAGCAAAGAAACCUCUUUGUAUUGACUGUGUUUGGACAGUUUCUACAUGUUAAAAUGUCAUCAAAACUGACCUUUAGAGAAGUAACAUUUAUUCAUUAUUGCUGGCUCUCCCUGCAGAGUGGGUAUGAAGUGCCUCAAUCAUAAUUAUUGUUUCAGAGGAUAAUUAAUCUGAUAAAAGUAUUUAAUUAGAUUAUCUGAAGUAGACUGUGUAAGUGAUUUUGGCCUCCCAGAGUCUGAAAACGCAACUCUACAAAAUGAUUUCCAAAAGUCUUAUUUGAUAAUAUCACUUCUGACAUGGGGGUCAUGCCUCAGCUGCCCUACUGACAAGCAUCAUCUUGACAUCUUGACUGGAGCUGGUGUUGGAAGGAUCUGAGGAAGGGAUUUCAGCUCAGCACCAAUGCAGUGAGUCUCUUAAUUCCCACUGAAUUCAGGGCUGAUAUCUGACUUGCACACUGGGCAAGAGCUCAGGGCUGGUUUCUCCUUAGUGUUUCUCCUUAGAAACCAAGACAUGGAACUUGGAUGGCAGUGCCUUCAGGUAGAUCUACAGCUGUUUCUUUCAAUGCUUCCUGUGAAGUAUCCACCACCUUUAUCUCACCUCUCUGAUUUGAAGCUCUUCUCAGAAAGCCUUCUGGAUGGUGAAAUGGGUGGUUUGAAGUUUCUUGUUCAGCAUGCAGCAGUGGGCACAUACCAUUGCCCUCAUUAUGCCAGUCAUCCAAAUGGAUCUGGGGGCCAGGUUACAGCAUUUCAUUGUGGUUAUGACCACCAAAACUUUGCCAAAUUCUUCCAAUUCCUCUAGCAGCUGCUGUCUUCCCAAAAGGUUGGCCAAGAGGGGCAAAAGACACGUAUGUGAGAUCCUUCUGGCAAUGCAAUUAGUUGGGUUUUUUAUCUUCACUGUGCAUUCCUUUCAAGUUCUUCAGCAUUGAAGCUCCAUCUGCUCUGUGGUGAUUGAUAUUUCCAUGCGACUUCUCUUUUCUUUGAAGAAUUCAUUACUGCCAUGUGUGUUUUCCAGAAAAGAUCAUUUUUAGCCUAUCUUCUCAAUGCCUAACAUGAGAGACACUGCAGUCAGAGGCAGCAGUGGGGAAUUCCUCUUGAUUGUUGCUAUUGUGCCCUUUUUAUUCUCUUGGGAAGAGCAGAAUCCUGUGUGGUCACCUUUGACCAAUACAACUGGUUUGCUCAACACAACUUAAUGAUCUUUUCGUGGCAACUUCCCUCCUUUUCAACUGUUCAGCUACAUUUACAUUGUGGCAAAUAUUUUCUGUAUAAAGUCUUAGUGCAGGAAUGUUAUUCAGCUCAUUGGAGGACAAGGGUAAUACCUGCAUAACAAGAGAGGGAUUCCAGUGUCCAGGUCAUAAGAGGUUUAAGACAGUUAAUCUAGCAGUUGGGUUUAUUAAGUAAUUCCUUGGGUACCACUCUGAACACUGCUUUGUUGGACUUUGACAAAUUUGGUUAACGCACACAAAAUUAGUUUUGUUGUAAGUACUGUUGGGUUGACCUUGUCUGAAAAAAAAAAAGCUAAUAUAUGCUUCAGAAAGAAUCCUGUCUACUACAAACCUCUGACAAUUAAGAAAUAAGCAGAAAUUAUGAGGCAAUGGCUUUUUCUUUAGAAAGCAAACCUAAUCUGUCUAUCUUUUACAGAAUGCACAUUGCCUGUAAUAUAACCAAUAAUCCAUCUGUUCUUCUUUUUUUUUUUUUUUGUCAAGGUCAGGAGUGAACUGUGGAAGAAAAAAAAUAAUUUAUUUUUCCUCUUCCCUUGACUUGUUAAGAUUUGUGUGGUUGUUUGUUGCCAUUGAGGAGUAUCAAGUAAAACUUUUGAUCCUAGUGACAUGAUGGCAAAGGAAAUGGAUUGGAGCUGGAUAGGUCAAUGGGGAAAGGGAGGGGGGCUUAACAGUUGUUUCCAGUAGGCCAAAAGAAUGUGGAUACUGUCUCUUCAAGGUGCAAUUUCUUACUUCAACAAACUGUUCAUCUAUGAGAAACAGGGACAAAAGUGUUCAAUUUGGGACCUAAGGAGUUUAUAUGGAAAUUCUUGGAUUUCUUCCAAACACACAUACAUGUUGAAAUUAAAUUGUGAAUCCUACUUUGGAGACUGAGCCUUCCUGCUCAGACAGAAGCGUGCGUGUAUGCGUGUGUUUGUGAGUGUGUGUUGAUGCUGUGUCUCUUUUGGAUCUCUUGACACUUUUUGGUGCAUUUUUGUACUUCUUUGAAUGUGCAUAUGCGGAUUAUCGAUGAUGUAUUGACGGCAUUCUAAAGGCCCUCAACAGCCUGAGAUAGAGCAAAAAUCUAAAUUUCUACCCUGGUUGAUAACAUUUUCUGUGCAGCACACAGAGCAUUGGGGGCAUGGUCAUCUAGAAAGAGGAGCCGCUCGGCUGUGGAGACUGCACUUGGAAUUUACCUCCUGGAAGCUGUUUUCUGUGCUCAUUUCAGACCUCUAAACUUCAACAUAGUUGUUGAGCUGGUCCUAGAAAAUGAGAACGAUCAGGUCAUAAGCAUCAAGAUGUGAUUUGUGAUAAACCAGUGAUAACUUGAUCACAAAGAACCAAAUUAAAGACUCUUUUGUGUUUUCAUUUCUUUUCCUGGCCUUCUCCGUCAUGGGAGAGGAUGCCUUCACACAUGGCCUUAGAAUGCCGUACUGGAGUCAGAAUGCAACAACAGUCAAAUGAAAAUAAGAUGUAUUGCAGCUUACUUAAAGAAUGAAAACUGUAUCACACAAAUGUUUACAAGUCCAAGUAGACAGCGAACCCCUGUACAAUAUGUAAUUUAUGCAAGGGAUUGCAUCUUUUUUUUGUAAUGAAUGCACUACGCAACCCUGUAUAUAUUUUACAAUGUCUUUACAGAGAAAAAAAAAAAAGAAUCAUUUACUGUAGUGUUGUAAAAUAAUGCACUUUUCUAAUUUUUUCAUUAAAAAUCCUAUGGCACGUUUUCAAAUGUAUAUUGUUUCUUUUAUAUUGAAUGUGGAAAUGUUAACUUCCUGUAAAAUUGCACUACAGAAGUAAAAUCCACUGAUGGAACUUAUUUUGUUAAAGAAAAGUCCCUUGACAACCAACAGAUGUUUAUGAUUAUACAAUAUGUAUGUGUGUGCAUAUAUGUGUAUAUAGUGUAUAUGUAAUGUAUGUAUAUGUAUAUGCACACACAGACAUAUAUCCAGUGAUAUGUGUAUAUAUAAAAUGAUAUAGGUCCAGAUUUAUAUAUGAUUGUAUUAAUAUAAUAUCUAUAGAUUGAUAGAUAUAUAGAUAUGUAUAUAUAUUCAUACAUACACACAAGAAUCACAAUGUACAAACCCAGAAAGGAUUACUCAUUAAAUUUAAGGGGGUUGGGGGCAGAAAGAUGUCAUAUACAGAAGAUAUUUUGCAUUGCAAUAAAA